GUAUCAUUUGUGUGCACUCGGGCGAACUGGAGAGGCUCAUAGAGCUCUCCUGAAGGAGGCAGGCGUAGAAGAGCCCGACUAUUCAGAAUGCCUCUUGGAUUCUACGACAAGUGAUUCUAUUGUCAAGGCCAUUGUGAAAUUUUAUACCAACUUUGCGGUCCCUCAGCUGUACCCAGUGGCUCAUGAACAGAUGCUCGCACAGGAACAGUUUAACACACGUAUGAGGGUGGACAAGGGAACAGUGGAUGCAGAGAAUGCGAGCAAGUAUUCAUCUCUUGCGACGGCCUUUGAAAAGCUCUCAACUCACUUGAAGUCAAUCGCGGAGAUUCUCGAUUUGCCGCCACCUAAGCUGCCGGGGGAAGAGACCGAGUCUAAGACACGACUGACGGGCCCUACCCAAGAGAGUAGUAAGAAGGACGAGGGUGGGCUCAGCGAACAGGAGCGUAUGUUGCAGCUUUUAUGGGUUGACGACUCAGACAGAUCUUUCUAUGAGGACCUGUACGACUUGGAGUCUCGUCUGCCCCCGGUGUUGUUACGAAGUGUUCCUAAGGCCGAAGUGGACUCAGAAGUUGCCAAAGGUAGGGUACUGGUUGAAUGCCAGGAGAGAGGUUGGGUCCACAUUUACUAUUGA